UUGUUGGGGCGGGGAAGCCGAGGGAACGUUCCCGGCAUGCUCCGCGCGGUUGCUAGCGAACAUGGCGGAGGGCGGAGCGGCCGAACUGGAGACGCAGCGCGCCGAUACCGCGGCGCUGAUGAAGACCCCGCUGAAGAAGGGCGAUACCUGGUACCUGGUGGAUAGCCGGUGGUUUAAGCAGUGGAAGAAAUAUGUUGGCUUUGAUAGCUGGGACAAAUACCAGAUGGGAGACCAAAAUGUGUAUCCUGGCCCCGUUGAUAACUCUGGGCUCCUGAAAGGUGGAGAUUCACUGUCUCUAAAGGAGCAUCUCAUAGAUGAGCUGGAUUACAUUCUGGUACCCACCGAAGGCUGGAAUAAGCUGGUCAGCUGGUAUGGGUUAAAAGAGAACCAAGAACCAAUUGCACGAAAGGUGGUGGAGCAGGGCAUGUUUGUGAAACAUUGCAAAGUGGAGGUAUACCUAACAGAAUUAAAGUUGUGUGAAAAUGGGGACAUGAACAAUGUCAUAACGAAGCGAUUUAGCAAAGCUGACAUCAUAGAUGCAAUUGAAAAGGAGAUGCGGAAACUGUUUAGUAUUCCAGAAGAAAAAGAAAUUAGAUUGUGGAAUAAGUACAUGAGCAACACAUUCGAACCCUUGAAUAAGCCCGAUAGCACGAUACAAGAUGCGGGACUAUACCAAGGGCAGGUACUGGUAAUAGAGCAGAAGAAUGAAGAUGGAACAUGGCCAAGAGGUCCUUCUACUAAUAAGUCUCCAAGUGCUUCAAAUUUUUCAACAUUGCCAAAGGUUUCCCCUUCAUCUCUAUCCAAUAAUUAUAGCAGCUUCAACAACAGAAAUGUGAAAAAUUCAAACUACUGUAUUCCCCCAUAUUCUGGCUAUAACAGCUACGAUUAUCUAGAAGCAGGAAGACACAGUGAACAGAGUGGCCUGUGUGGCUUGAGUAAUUUGGGUAACACGUGUUUUAUGAAUUCAGCAGUACAGUGUUUGAGUAAUACCCCUCCACUGACAGAAUACUUCCUGUCUGAUGAGUACAUGGAUGAGUUAAAUCAUGACAACUUACUGGGAAUGAAAGGAGAAAUAGCAAAUGCUUAUGCAGAUCUCAUCAAGCAGAUGUGGUCAGGAAAAUACAGCUAUGUUACACCAAGGGCAUUUAAGACACAGGUUGGUCGCUUUGCUCCCCAGUUUUCGGGCUACCAGCAACAAGACUCUCAAGAAUUGCUGGCCUUUCUCCUUGAUGGCUUGCAUGAAGAUUUGAAUAGAAUUAGAAAAAAGCCAUAUAUUCAAUUGAAGGAUGCAGAAGGCAGACCUGAUGAGGUGGUUGCUAAGGAAGCAUGGGAAAAUCACAGGAAACGGAAUGAUUCUAUCAUUGUUGAUAUUUUUCACGGCCUUUUUAAAUCUACUCUUGUUUGCCCAGAAUGCUCAAAGGUUUCUGUGACAUUUGAUCCUUUUUGUUAUUUAACACUUCCUUUGCCCUUGAAAAAAGAACGCACUUUGGAGGUUUUCCUUGUCAAAAUGGAUCCACUUACCAAACCAAUGCAGUAUAAAGUAGUUGUUCCAAAAAUAGGCAUAAUUUCUGAUCUGUGUGCUGCACUGUCUACUCUGUCGAAUGUUCCUGCAGACAAAAUGGUUGUCACGGAUAUAUACAACCACCGAUUCCAUAGAAUAUUUUCCAUGGAUGAGAACCUCAGUAGUAUCAUGGAAAGAGAUGAUAUCUUUAUUUUUGAAGUAACUGGCAAUAGGACAGAUGACACAGACGCUGUUGUGAUUCCAGUAUAUUUACGUGAGAAGUAUCGGCAGCCUACCUAUGGCCACCAUAGUAAUGUGUGCUUGUUUGGACAACCUUUCAUGAUAUCUGUGCCCAGAAACAUAACUGAGGAAAAGCUUUACAACUUACUACUAAUGAAAAUGUGCCGUUAUGUUAGAACCUAUAAUGAAAAUGAAGAAGAAGAAGAAAGUCUUCAUUUUUCCAAAGACCUUGGUAUCAAUGGCAAUGGGCAAAAUGGUGUACAUGAGGAGGGAUCUCCAAGUGAAAUGGAGACAGAUGAACAAGAUGAUGAAUCCAGUCAAGAUCAAGAACUUCCUUCUGAGAAUGAGAAUAGCCAAUCAGAGGACUCAGUUGGGGGAGAUAAUGAAGAUUCUGAAAAUGGCAUCUGCACUGAAGACGCUUGUAAAGGCCAGCUGUUCCAGGGACAUAAAAAACAGCUCUUUACAUUCCAGUUCAAUAAUUUAGGAAAUACAGAUAUCAAUUAUGUGAAGGACGACCGGCAAAUCCGAUUUGAAGACAGCAGACAAAUCAGGCUUGACGAACGAACAUAUCUAGCACUAGAUUGGGAUCCUGAAAUUAAGAAGAGAUGCUUUGAUGACAAUGCAGCAGAGGAUUUUGAGAAGCAUGACAGCAUGGAAUAUAGGCCACAGAAAAAAGUUUUUGUAAAGUUAAAAGAUUGUAUUGAACUUUUUACAACUAAAGAGAAGCUAGGUGCAGAGGACCCGUGGUACUGUCCAAACUGCAAGCAGCAUCAGCAAGCCACCAAAAAAUUAGAUCUGUGGUCAUUGCCACCUGUGUUGGUGGUGCAUUUAAAGCGAUUUUCUUAUAGUCGUUAUUGGCGAGACAAGCUGGACACGCUGGUUGAUUUUCCUAUUAGUGAUUUAGAUAUGUCAGAAUUUCUUAUAAAUCCAAAUGCUGGUCGUUGUGAAUAUAAUUUGAUUGCUGUGUCAAAUCACUACGGUGGAAUGGGCGGAGGACAUUAUACAGCAUUUGCCAAGAACAAAGAUGACAAUAAAUGGUACUAUUUUGAUGACACCAGUGUUUCAUCGGCAAUAGAAGACCAAAUAGUGUCCAAAGCAGCUUAUGUCCUCUUCUACCAGAGACAAGAUACAAUCAGUGGUACUGGCUAUUUUGCACACGAUCAUACUGCUAAGAAGGAAACUUCUGCAUCUUUAUGCAUCCAGCGGGAGAGUGACGAAGAUUGCAAUGAGAACGAUGUAGAAAAUGAAAACUGCAUGCACACAAACUGACAACAGUGAUGUCAUGUCAAAACUCUCUCAUGCAGAUUCCUGCCCCCAUAUACUGGAAAGCUGGAAGCAUACCACAAAUAAAGAGUGAAACAUCAUCCGGAAAAGAGGUGCUACAUCAGCCCAAACUAAAAGCCAUUUUGGAUUUUACAUGAUGAGAUAGACUUAAGUGAAUUACUUGAAGCUGAAGUGUAUUAGAAAAUCAACUAGAAGCUAAUUGAUUCAUGAAAUCUAUUUGUCUUACUGAUGUAUGCUGGUUCUUUACACUAUAUGUAAGAAAUAAUUAAGUGGUUCCUCCUCCACUCCUCCAAAUCUUUUUGAAAAUGUUAUAGUUCAUCGCCCCAAAAAAGUCAGUUAUUUUUGUAAGGAUUCUGUUUCAUGAGCAAAAGUAAACAGAGUGUGCAAUGUAUGUGCCCUGCUCUAGCAAUGGCAAACAUGAGCACUUAAACAGAAUGUGUCAUUAAUUCAGUGACAACUCCUGCAUACUUUGUCUGAACAAGCAUUAUAAGGCCCAUCAAAAUAGAGGACUAGUGACGAAACUGGCAAUUGAAAAUGCCAUGCAGUGACUUCCGAGUUCCCAUUGAUCAUCAUCAAUUAACCUGUGUUAUGGGUGACUAUUCCAGAUAAGCUAAGUGGAAUGGACCCAUGUUGUAGAAGUGAAUAAAGUUUGUGUGUGUGUGCUACCUAUGAACGUUUAUAAACUCUACUUUAACCCUUUGAGGACUGCAGUGGCAUUUCUGCACCAAAAUAAGGAAACAAAGGAAAUUAUAAUUGUGUCCAUUCAAGAAGUCAACAGAUUUAGAAAUGCUCGGCUGUCCCUGUGUAUUUCUCAAUUCUAUUUUCCAAAUAAUUGUGAGGUGCAGCAUUAGAAAUGAACAGAAAGUCGUUUCUGCAGGUAUUCUAUGACAGAAAACGUAUUUUGUAAACUGCAAACGAGCUUGCAGUACUCAGGGUUAAAAAUAGAAUGUCAUAACAGAUUAAAUUGACGUGCUGGAUAAUUUUCAUUUGUUCAGCAAACUUUGUUUGCACUCUUUACUUUUGGUGUAUGGCCAGGGCCUAAUGUAACUAUCUUCGUAACUCUUAAGUUAUUAUAUUAAAACCUAGGCUCAAAAGUUACAAUAUAGCAAUGAAUUAUAUUAUCAAAUUUAAUAGAACAAGUGAGCAAGUGGGUUAGUUUUGUUUUAAUUCCCUUUUGGAAUUCACCAUAGCCUUACAGCAUAUUGAAUUGUGUAUAGUAAUCAUUUGCAUGUUGCAGUAACAAUUGUAUAUAUUACUGGGUAAACAUUGAAUUUAUUAGUGAGCUGUACUUGGGCCAGGAUGCCAAUAGCUUGGAGUGGGAUUUUGAUUUUUUUUAUUUUUCUGAACUGCUGCUUUCCAUUUGAUGUAAGUCAAAGGAUGUGUUUUUUGGUUUCUUACUGCCAUUGGCAGAAGCUGCAUAAUGCUUAAGGAAUUGCUGGUCUCUGUGAAGUUGAUUGCUUUCGUGUCCCAAUGCCAAUAAAUGAAACGAUGGUCUUUGCUUAAAUGAAAAUGAAACAAAAACACAUUAAAAACUGAUUUGAAUGGUGUAUUGUAUAAAUAAGUUCACUCUGUGAGUGUACACUUGGUAAAUUAUUUUAUUGAGAUGUUAUAGUUAAAGAUCUAGAAACACUAUUGUAGACCAGAAUCAGUUAAGUAUAAGUCUAAAAUGGCUUUGCAGAGUAACUUGAUACUAGUGCUGAUAAUUAUUGAUGUUUUAUUGUCUAUCUUUCCCCUUUUUUUUAUUUAUUCUCCCUUUGCUUUGUAAAAUGGAAGUCGUGGACCUCCAGCAUGUCUGAGGUAAAUGUUUGACUGCACUUCAUUUCAUUUGAUUUUACAUUUGAAGCUUGCAUGUUUGUUUGUUUAUAAAUUUACAAUAAAGUUAUGCAAGGCCUUAGCUACUCCACUCUGUCCUGAUAACUGGGUAAAGCAUACUGCAAGCCCAGUUAUCAUCGGUUCCUGGGGAAUAUAAACUGCACUGGAAUGGUAGGUAUAGCAUGCUACAAUAUGUUUUCAGUGAAGGCUUACGUUUCAAACUUGGCGUUAAACAAUUAGCUAAAUUAAUAUUUCCUUAAAUGGUAGCCUCGUUUAAAAUGUAUUUGUGGAAACUUUGCACACAUACGUGUGGAGUUUUAGUUCAAUGAUUGUAAUCCCUAUGAACAAAAUAGAAACAAAAGACAUGAAGUCCUGAAGGAUGUCUUAAGCUUGUGCUGUAUGGGGUGUCAAGAAUAGUAUAGUCAUAUGUAUUGGUGCAGAGUUUGGAUCCUAAUGUUUAGUGCAGCUUAUGUCAACGUGAAUGUGAGAUAUUUGCAAGUGGAGGUUAAAAUUGGCACAAAUUAUGAUUUGUAAUACGAGAAAAGGAAGUUUUUCUGUAGAAGUUCAGGACAAAUAAGUUGGUUCUUAUUUUCUUUGGAUGUUGCUGACUGGGCAAGCGCUUAAUUGUCCUGAAGAAAGUAAUGGUCUCCUGCAGUCCAUUUGGUAUCAGUACACCAAAGGGGCUUUGAGCAACAAUGGAAGAAUAUUUCCAAGUCAGGAUGGUGAAGGCCUGGAGAAGAACAUGUAAGUUUGGGUCUUCAUGUAGCUGUUGUCCAUCUAGAUGGCAGUGCUGUGGGUUUGCAAGGUGCUGUUUGUGGAGCGAUGUUGAAUUUUGGCAGUGCAUUUUCUCAGAAUCACAGAAUCCUGACAGCAUGGAAGCAGGCCAUUCAACCCAUGGAGUCUACACUAACCCUCCAAAGACUACCCCACCCAAACCACUUGCACUAUCCUCUACCUGUAGCCCUGCAUUUCCCAUGGCUAAUCCACCUGACAUCCCUGGACUCUGGGCAACUUAGCAUGACCUAGUCCACCUGCCUGCAUGUCUUUGGACUUUGGGAGGAAAGCUGAGGUCCCUGAGGAAACCCAUUGCAGACUUGGGGAGAAUGUGCAAACUCCCCCACAGAUAGUCGCUUGAAGUUGGAAUUGAACCCGGGUCCCUGGCACUGUGAAGUAGCAGUGCUAACCACUGAGCCACCUGUUGUUACGACACAGAAGAAAGCCAAUUAGUUCAUCAUGCCUGCUCCGGAUCUGUUACUUCAUCCUAAUCUCCGUUUUCCCCAUAUCCCUGCAUACUAUUUCUAUCUAUCUAAACAUUCAAUGCCCUCUUAGAUGUCUCAAUUGAACCUGCCUGCCCUACUUUUCCAGGCAGUAUAUUUUCAUGCCCGAACUACUUGGUGUUGUUUUAAUUGUUUUUCCUCACCAUCCUUGCUUUGUUGGCAUAUUAUUUUUUAUCUAUGCUGUCUCAUUCUUGUUUCUUUUACGAGUGCAAACUGUAUUUCCGUAUGUACUCUGGUCUGCUCAUGAUUUUGUAAACCUCAAUCAGAUCUCCUGUCAGCCGCCUUCUGCCAAGGAGUAUAGUCCCAACAUCUUUAAUCUAUUCUCAUAAUCAAAGCUUUAUAUUCCUGGAUUAAUUGUUGUCAGUCACUUCUACACUUUGUCCAAUAAAUUCACAUCUUUCAUGUAAUGUGGCACCCAAAACUAUAUGUAAUAGUCCAGCUGAGGCCUAAUAAGCGUAUUUUAUAACUUGUUCAUGGGACAUGAGUUUUGCUGGCUAGCUGACCAGCCAGCAUUUAUUGCCUAUCUCUGGAUGCCUUUUGAACCACUGCAGUCUACGUGCUGAGGGUUGAUCCACAAUGUGUUGGGAGGGAAUUCCAGGAUUUUGACUCAGUGACAGUGAAGGAACUGCGAUAUAUUUUCAAGUCGGGAUGAGGAGUGGCUUGGCAGGGAACUUGCAGGUGAUGGUGUUCCCAUGUUUCUCCUGCCCUUGUCCUUUGAGAUGGAAGUGGUCAUGUGUUUGGUAAAAUGCUGUCUAAGGAUCUUUGAAUUUCUGCUAUGUAUCUAGUAGAUUAUACUUGCUGCCUAAACUGAGCAUCAAUGAUGAAGGAAGCAGAUGUGGUGUCAAAAAUAGCAGGCUGCUUUGUCCUAGAUGGUGUCAGACUGCUUGAGUGUUGUUGAAACUGCACCCAUCCAGGCAAGUGGGCAGUAUUCCAUCAUACUUCUGACUUAUGCCUUAUUGAUGGUGGGCAGGCUCUGGGGAGUCGAAGGUGAGUUGCUCACCACAGUACUCCAAGCCUUUGGCCUGCUUUUGUGGCCACUUAUUUUUGUAGCAAGUCCAGUUGAGUUUCCGGUUAAUGGUAUCCCAAAGUAUUUUCAUAGUGGCAAAUUCAGUCCUGAUUACAGUUUUGAAUGUCCAGGAGUGACGGGUAGAUUGUGUAUUAUUAGAGACAAUCAUUGCCUGGCAUUUGUGUGGCAAGAAAGUUACUUGCCACUUGUCAGCCCAAGUCUGGAUGUUGACUAGAUCUUGCUGCAUUUGAAUAUGGAAUGCUUUAAAUAUGAGGAGUGAAGAAUGGUGCUGAAUAUUGUGCAAUCAUGGGCAAAUAUCUUACGACUUUGAGAUAGAGAGAUGGGUGUUAACGAAGCAGCUGAAGAUGCUGGGGCCUCUGAAACUAUGCUGAAGAACUCCUGGCCAAGAUCCUACAGCUGUGCUGACUAAUCUCCACCAACCAUGUGUGCCAGAUAUAACUCCAGCCAGUGGAGAGUUAUAUCCAGUUUUGCAAGUUCUACAAAUGCAACUUCGUCUCCUUGCAUUCCACUCUAUGCCCCUGUUAUAGAGCCUUAAUAAGGAUCUUAGAGAUUGUACACACUAAUCCCAUUGUGUUGGUGAUGGAAGGAGCAACUGUUUGUGGAUGUGUGCUAAUCAGUCGGGUUGCUUUGUCUUUGGUGUCAAGCUUUUUGCUGGAACUGCUCUCACCCAGGCAAGUGAGGAGUAUUCCAUUACAGUCCUGACUUCUACUUUUGUAGAUGGUGAACAAUUAAAGGAGAGUCAGGAAGUGAAGUAUCCAUAGGGUUUUUAGCCAUUGUCCUGCUCUUGUAGCCGCAGUAUUUAUAUGGCUACUCCAGUCCAGUUUCUAGUCAAUAGUAACCCCAGAAUGCUGAUAGAGGAUUUGGUGAUGGAAAUGUCAAAGGGCAAAAGUUAGAUUCUCUCAUUGGUGCUGGUCAUUGCCAGGCAUUUGUAUCACUGAUCAGCCCAGAUACUGUCCAGAUCCUGCUGCCUUUGAAUAUGGACUGCUUUGCCAUUUGAGUUGUGAAAUGUGCUGAAUAUUGUGCAAUUGUCAGUGAAUAACUCAGCUCUGUCCUUAUUAUCGAAGGUAUGUCAUGAAUAAAGCAACUGAAGAUGGCUGGGUUGACGACAUGACCACGAGCAAUUCCCACAUGCUGGAGAUGUCUGAUCUCCAACAACCAAAGCUAAUUUCUUUUGCUAGGUGUAACUACUAAAAAGCAGAGAGCUCUCUCCCAAUUCCCACAAACUCUAAUUUUGUUUGGGUUCCUUAAAGGCUCCCUCUGACAAAUGUGACUUUGAUGUCAAGGGCAGUCACUGUCACCUGAUCCCUGGAAUUUAGCUGUUUUUGAACUACAGGUGUAAAGAGGUCACGAGCUAAGUAGCCCUGAUGGAAUCCAAAUCGGGCAUCAGUGAACGAGUUAUUUUCUAAGCAAGAGCUGCUUGGUAGCACUGUUGAUGACUCCUUCCAUCACUUUACCGCGAGCAGCAAGGUCACUUGACCUGAAACGUUAACACUGAUUUCUCUCCACAGAUACUGCCAGAAGUGCUGAGCUUUUCCAGCAGUUUUUGCUUUAUGUCCUGGCUUGCUUAUCGUUUUAGAAUGCAGGAUAAGCCAGGUCAUGAGGGUGCAGUUUGUGUUGGAGCACUAUUCCCCUAUCGCUGACCUAUAGCGCUUAAUGAAUACACAGUCUUGAGUUGUAAGAUCUGUUUGAAAUCUAUCGUAUAGUGCCAUACACAGUAAGGAUAUCCUCAAAAUGAAAGUAGAGCUUCGUUUCCACAAUGACCGUGAGAUGGUAACUCUUAGUGAUAUUAUCAUGGGCAGAAGAAUAUGCACCGAUUUAGAUUUGAGUGUGAGCAUCAGGUACGCUUUUUCCCCUUCUUGUUAGUUCUCUCUGUACCUGCCAUUGAACCAAUCUAGCAGUUAUUUCCUUUAGGAAUUAACUAGCUCAAUCAGUUGUGGUACUGCCAAACAACUUGUGAUGUAUCUUGAAGUCCCUGAAUGCCCUUGCCACCCUCAUUGCUUUCUCCAAGUAAUCCUCAAUAUGCAGGAUUAUUGAUCAGUCGUUCGAGAUGGCAAGUGGUAUGUGGUAAUCAGCUGGAGGUUUCCUGACCUGAUGAUGUAAGACUUCAUGGAUUCUGGAUUCAAUGUUUAGGAUUCCCAAAGUAACUUUCUAUUGACUGGAUAUGCUGUACCAUCACCUCUGCUUAGUCUGGCACAGGCAUACCUGGAAUGGUAAUGAUAGUGUCUUGGUUAUAGAUUCCAUAUGAUUCCAAAUUCUGGAAUCAUACCUUACAGACAAUAUCAGACCUUUGCUUCACUGAUUUCUGAGAUAGUUGUUGCAAUUUUGUCCCCAAUAUUUUUGAGAACAUUGAUUGUGCUGGCUUUGCCAUUGUUAUUUCCGGUUUCUCUGUCGGUGCUAAGUGGUCUGUCAAGUUUCAUACUUUUUUCGAGACCUUUUAGCAGAGUGGUACAACUGAGUGGCUUGCUCAACCAUUUCAGAUAUUGCUAUGUGUUUGCAUUCACAUGUAGGCCAGACUAGGUAAGGGCGUAAGACUUCUUUUCCAAAAAACAUCAGUGAACCAGGUUUUGUUUUCCAAUUCGUUUCAUGGUCAUCAUUAGACUUAAAUUUCAGAUUUUUAAAAUGUGAAAACUCCCACCCAUGGUAAGAGUUGGACCCUGGUCUUGGAGCAUGACUUAGUUUCUAGGUUACUAGUCCAUUGCCACCACUGUACUGUCACCUCUCCGUUAUGAGAUUGAAAAUGCCAAUUCUCCCACACAGGUUGGGGGAGAUCAUCAGCAAAACUUCCAAAGUUGGGGAUCAUAGUGUUCCUUUCAGUUUUAGGUCAGGCAGAAAUACAAUUUGACUUGCAAACUGCUCACUGAGAGUCAUUUAAGACUUGAAAAUGUAUCACAUUAUCCCCAAAAUUUGCCAACAAUUCACAGCCACAUUGUGCCACAUGCUCACAUCCAGAAGUGCUCAUCUGGCACCUGAAAGGGUAUUUUAGGUUAAAUUAUAAUGAGGUCCUUCAGAAUCCCAACAAGCUUGCUUGUAAAGUCCCUGCCAAAACUUCUCUAGCGCUUGUCUUCUCUGCUUCAAACCUAUUUCUGAGCAAUCUUCAGGCCAUCAACUUAAUAUCAUUUUAUAGGGUUCCAUGUGAUGCUGUGCUUGGAACUGUUUACUGUGUUUGCAGUGCUGAUGUAUGGUUAGUGUCAGGUAUUCUCGUUUUCUCUUCCUCACAACAGCAUGAAUACUUGGAGCGAAAGUGCAUGCAAACUAUUGUUGGUCCGCUUAGCUGUAGAUAUUAAGUAGUGAGUGAAAGCUGCCUAUGGUGCUUUACACAUUCUUUUGUGAGGUGGAGGUGCCAACGUUUGAUGGGGGUGAGCAAAGUCAGAAGUCACAUGACACCCAGUGAAAAUCAAACAGGCUUAUUUGAAAUUACAAGCUUUCAGAACACUGCUCCUUUGUCAGGUCACUUCAUCUGAUGAAGGAGCAGCACUCUGAAAGCUUGUAAUUUCAAAUAAAUCUGUUUAACUAUAACUUGGUGUCGUUUGAUUUCUGACCUUUUUGUAGAUGUGUACCAUUUCUGUCAACAUUAAGGGCCAUGCGACUUUAUUUUACAAUCUGAAGCGUACACAAUAAAUAAAUGAUAGGUUUCAAAUAAUGGAAAAAUGGGGGACAAGAUGAUUCAACCCAUUUUUCUUGUAUCUCCUUUUCAAAAGGGAAACCCAACAACUUCCUCUUGCUCACAGCCCUGUAAAAUUUUUCUCCUUGGAUGUUUAUCCAAAUGCCUCCUUGAAAGUCACUAAACACUGAAGGUGCAUAGAAGAUUAUAGUUUUCUUGACUAUAGGGAAAACUUCUCCUGAAAAACACACUGGUGCUGUGUCAAGUCUAUCAUUCUUCUCUCUCUCCCUCUUCCUUCCCCACCCCCCCCUCCCCAUUUCUCUCCCUCUCACUCUUACUUACACUCACACACUCAGAAUUAUAUACACGAAUACUGGAGUGUAGCAGUUCCAGAAGCAGCUCACCACCAAGGUCUACAAUCCAUUUAGGCUAAGUCAGCAAUACCCAUAUCCCCUGAACUCAGUUUAAAAAUAACAGUUUCUGUGGUUUGCAUAUGUUGUGAGGACAUAGAUUGUUGUCAAAGAUUGCUUCGGAUUAUAAACCUUCCUGCCAACCUGGCCAAAUUGAGGGAAUCAACAUAAGAAACAGCAAUAGGAAAAGGCCAUUUGGCUUUUUGAACCUGCUGAACCAGUCAAUACAUUCAAGACUGGUCUGAUUGUGAUUUUAACUGUUUCUUAUCAGUUUCUCAUAACCCUUGGCUCCCUUGUCAAGAAAGAAGUCAUUUUAACCCAGCCUUGAAAGUAUGCAGUGUCACAGCUUCAAUCCCUCCCCCCGCCGCCUUUUUUCUCUCUCUCCCUCUCUCUCUCUCACACACACGCACGCACGCGCGCACACACUUUUCUGAAGAAGGGUCAUGUGGCCUUCAAGAUUUAUGCAUUCAGAAACCAUGCUGAAGCUGUAUAUAGCAUUAGGUAGGCCACAACUGGAAUACUAUGUGCAGUUCUGGUCUCUACACUAUGAAAACAAUGUUACUGGACUAGAGAGGCUGCAGAGAAGAUUCAUGGGGAUGUUGACUGGACUGGAACGAUUCGGCCAUGAAGAGAGAUGAGAUAGGCUGGGGGAGGCGGACUGUUGAGGUGUGUGAAAUACUGAGGGACACAGUGUAAGUAGGGCGAAACUGCUUCCCUUUAGCAGAAGAGUCAAUAACCAGGUUAUGAUGUAAGGAGCACGAAGUGAGGGGCAUUUAACUAAACUUCUUCACAGCCAGAGGUUGGUGGAUAUCGGGAACUCACUACCUAAAAAUCUGGUAGAGGCAGAAACCAAUAGGACAUUAGGAAGUAUUCAGAUAAUCAUUUAAAACUACAGUAUACAGGAUUAGAAUAGAAAAAUGCUUAAUGGCUGGCACAUGAUGGGCUGAAAGGCCUCUUGCCAUGCUGUAAAAACUGACUGAUGUCAAGUUGCACUUGCGUGACUACCCUCACAUCAAACAGUUGUAAACGAAUAAAUAAUUCAACUUUGUUUUGGAUGAGUGAUUGUGUAAUUAGCAACUAUAUACUAGGCAUGUCUCUAAUUCAGUCCAGCAUAUAUGCAGCAUUUUUCUGUAAGAUCUAUCCAGUUACCCCUUGUCUCAUGAACAAUAUUUUUCCUGUAAAAUGUACUUUUCAAUAUAUUCCAUGUUCCUGUGGUGAUGGUAUGCAGUUAAUGUUAAUGAUUCCAAGGCCAAUGAGCUAUGGAAACAAUAACAUUUCUUUAGGGAAUUGAUUUUGCUUUGUGGUUUCAUUAAUGCCAGUUUAGUACAGUAAGAAAAGCGUUCAACUGUGUAUGUUGUACAUUUGAAACCAAAACACUGGAAACUAUCAGCAGACAAGGCAGCUUUGUGAGAG